CAGGCAGGGAGCGCGGCGGGGCCGGCGGGAGGCCGAGCGGGGCUCGACAGAGCAGGAACAGAGAUGCAAUUGAGAGCCCUCGCUCCCUGAUGAGGCAAGAUACGCUCUGAGAUUCCCCACUGUUCUCUGAGAGAGAAGAGCAACUGGGCCCAUCUAAAAGACAGUCUGCACCUGGAACUCGGCACCCAGGAGGUCACCCCUGCAGGACCUGUGGCGGAGCGUACGCCCUGGUGGCCUUAGGUGGCUGCAUUACUGGAUCGAGAUGACCACGGCCACUCCUCUGGGGGAUACCACCUUCUUCUCAUUGAACAUGACCACGAGGGGAGAAGACUUCCUAUAUAAGAGUUCUGGAGCCAUUGUUGCUGGCGUUGUGGUGGUUGUCAUCGUCAUCUUCACCGUGGUUCUGAUCCUGCUGAAGAUGUACAACAGGAAAAUGAGGACGAGGCGGGAACUGGAGCCCAAGGGCCCCAAGCCAACUGCCCCUUCUGCCAUGGGCCCAAACAACAACGGCAGCCAACAGCCUGCGACUGUGACCUUCAGCCCUGUUGACGUCCACGUGGAGACUCGGUGACCUCUACCCUGGUGCUAUCUCCACUACUGUCCAAAGAGCCUCUCCAGAGUCAAGCCCCAGAGGCACACUCUCUGGCAGCUUGACAAUGAGUUUCUCCUGGUCAGGUCAACAGAAACAUCUUUUACGCAAUUUCUGAUGCUUCCAGCAAUUUUCAACCUCGUCUCCCCUGCCCUACCCCAACUAUGUCCACAUCCCCUCUGCCACCCCACCAAAAAGCUCCAGAACAUUCUUUUGUCAUCUGAUGAAGUAGAGCUAUGUUGGGAAUCCACUCAUGUGGGCUUGGCUUUCCCCCACGCUAUAGUUAGACAGAUAGACCAACAGACAGAUAGCCCAGGAGCCGGGUGUCAGGGAGCACUGCUGAGAGCAUCGCAAUAUGAUCUGUCACGGGGUUCAUAUCAGAAUAAGCGCCGUAUCCACAGCUUCCCAGAGCAAAACAUCCAAUCCCAUAACCAGGCACAGGGGAACUAACUUGGACUGACUAACCAGAAAACCUUGUUAAUCUAUAACUUGUUCUAGUACUAGAUGUCUGCCUGCUGACUAAUGAUGACUGCUUAGCACAUUUUUCCCUCUUGAAGAAAGAUUGCAAGAAGAACUAAAUUCUUCCCAAAAGAUUUCUGCUGCAUUAGUAAAGAGUCAGUGAAGGAACAGGGUGACGCUGCAGAAUAGUGGCCUCUAGCCUAAGAGCUUGUUGCAUUGUCCGUGGGCCUGGAACGAUCCUGGGGGCUCAGCAGGCUCCUUCUCCCACCCUGGACUGGGGCAACCCUGACUCUGUCUCAGUUCUUGGCUCCCCUUUAUCUGGAUUCUCAGCAACCUUGACUGUCCUGUUAAUACCUUACCUCCAAGGACCAAUAUUUGGAGAUUAAUUGGAUUCCAGCUCUAUCAAUGUUAUCUAUGACCUUCCUGGUCACCUUCAGAGGUUCAAGACGUGUUCAAAGUACCACGUUCACAACCCAUUUCUAUUCUACGGAGAUCUCAUCUCUGACUCCUUAGCCUGGAGAACAACCUACCAAAAAGAGAAAGUAUCUGGAAUUAAGAAGUCCUACCAUCCAAGCCCUGCUUCCUGGCUGUGUGGCCUUGGAAAAAUGACUCAACCUCUUCAUAUUCAGUUUCCAAACCAUGAAGUGGACAUGAUAACCGGCGCCGCACUGGGGCACUAUAACAAGUGAAGGGCUUAGGAAAACACCUUGAUUAUAGUGCCUGGCACCCAGGAGAUGCUUAAUAAAUGGGAACCAGGAUUCUUUUUUUUUUUGUUUUUUGUUUUUCGUUUUUUUGAGAUAGAAUCUUUGUCACCUCGGCUGG